AUGGCGCUUCCAACGUUACAGCCGUACUGGUUGAAAAAUUACAAAAACAGAAAUGAAGGUCUUUUAGUUAGAAGAAAUCAAUUUGAAGCGGAUAGAAGGGAAGCCUGGGAUAAAAAUGCCAGAUAUUUCGACAGAUCUAAUGUGGAAACUGCGAAGCAAAGGGUUUGGGGAUCGAGAGACUCAUACGAAGAAAGGUAAGAAAAUCUGCUGCUUCAAAAUAACUUGAUUUGUUUUGUUGAAAUCUAUUUUGGUUAUAUCACAUUCUCGGUUUUUUUGUUGUCAAAUAAAAUCCCUAUCUUGCUGUUUAGGUAAAGGUUUAUAUUAUCUAAACUUUUAUUGGCAUCUUACGUUUUUGCCAUGCAUACUGUAAACUUAUAUGCAAUAUCAAAGUUAUCUUAAUUUUACUGGACAUAAAACUAACUUCUAAACUUAGCUUUUUAAGCCGUAAUAAUAGUGUUAAAUGGAUUUAACUGUUUGUAUGUGCACUGGACGGUUUGAUUUCAACACAACUCCCCCUAUAACUAGAUGCAUUAUAUUACUUGCAUUUUGUGUGUACAACUAAUACUUAAUUUUAUGUGCUUAUUGAUAAACAAGCAGAAUUACGGUCAUUUCGCCCGAAAGUCAUCUCGCCCGAAGUCAUGUCGCCGGAAAUUUAUAGCCAUGUCGCCCGAUAUUUUGAGUCAUGUGGCCCGAAAUUUCAUAAUGCUCAAAAAGAUUCUAAAAAUGCUAGUCAGAGUGAAAUGUGAAACUGUGAAACUCAGGUUGUUCGUUUCGCUGUUGUUUUUAUGGAGAUAGUAAACCUAAAAUAAAACACAAAAUUAUAUAUGGUUAACCGGAUCAAAAUUUAUAUGCGACCGGCUGAGGAAACAAGGAACAACUGAACAAGUCGCGAUAAUUUAUACCGCGUCUGAUCCCAAGGGGAAUGAUGCUAACAUGCUUUGUUGAACUUGAUGUAUUUUUCUGAUAUGUGUGAAAAAUUCUGAUAACUGAAAGUGUUCCGCUUAUAAUUACUAGGAUCUUUAUUGUAGAAUGAGCAGCUUAGUUAAUAGCAACAAACAACGAACAACGCUGAAAUGAACAGCGAUAUUGGAGUCUUUGUUUAACUUCAUAUUUGCAUAGGUUAGCGAGUCAACAUUUUACGAGUUUAUUCCAUGUGAUUUACUUAAUAUGUUACUCUUCUUCAAGUUUAUAUACUCGAUAAAAUUGCGGGCCGAUAAAAUUGUGGGCGACAUGACUAUGUAUUUCGGGCAACAUGACUCUGGUUCCGGGCAAUAUGACUUCAGGCAAGAUGACUUUCAGGCGACUUGACCGGUUACCAACAAGCAGAUACUAAAAACACGAACUGCAACAAAAUGCCUACGUAAUAAAUUUAUGGGGCUGCCCGAAACAGAACUUAAUGUUGAAUUUUUCGGAGUCAGACAGUGACACUAUUGGGGAACAGAUUGUUCUCAAUAACCCAAGGGCUUUACUAUAGUAUACCCUGCUACAAUGUCAUGUGUGGCUAAAUGGUUAGCAUUUUGACAGUGCCUGGGUGAAUGCCACUCACAGGGUUGUCAUGGUUAUGCAUUGCUCCUGGCUGCAGUUCUUCAUGUAUGCUCCACAAACCUUUCAGGCACCUCUCCCUUUGUUAUUUAACACACAUUGACUUCAUGUACUUUCUAUACUGCUUGCUGUGUAAAGCAAAAAGAAAACUGGCUGAGAUCACUCUAAAACACCUAAACGCAAAACUACAGAGCCCGUAUCGAAAACGAAGACCCCGAAAACAAAGACCAAAGACUGUAGACCCCCUCCAAAACAAAGACCACCUCGAAAAUGAAGACUCUCUCUAAAACAAAAACCUACUCGAAAAUGAAGACCCACUUGAAAAGCAUCAUGUUCGAUUGUCUUUUCAAGACUUGAUACAAAUUGAUGAGGUUUUCGCAUGGGUAUUCGUUUUCGAUACUACCACUCAUUUAGUGCCAUGCAAAUUUCGUGCUGGAAAAUUCCUUUCUCAAUUUUUUCUCGCCAAUUACAACCUUUUUCUCACCAUCUUUUUCCCAACUUUUUGUCCAACUUUUUUCUCAAAUUGCUUCUCAAUUUUUUUCUUGACUUUCUUCCCAAAUUUUUUCUCAACUUUAUCCUUGACUUUUUUCCUGAGUUUUUGCACUGCUGAUCACAUAUAUCAAAGGCUCAUUCUUGAGUUGAAGUGCUUAAGCAUGACCAGGUUUGAUUCGUAAUUGGCUUUUUUUUAUUAUUUAUUGCUGGGGGGAGUUAAACUGCACAACACUAACACAUUUUCAGCAAUGAAUAAAAUAGUUACAAAGCAAAUUUUUUAAGAAUGAGCCUUUGAUAUAUGUGAUCAACGUUGGAAAAUAUUGGGGAAAGUUGGGAAAAAAUUAAUUGAAAAAAAAGUCAGAAAAAAUGUUGAGGAAAAGCCGAGAAAAAAGUCGCAAAAAUAUGUCAACAAAAAUAGUCGAGAAAAAAGUCAGGAAAAAAACCAAAGGGCACAAAAAAAGUCAAGAAAAAAAUAGCAGUAAGAAAAAUCAACGACAAAAUUUGCAUGGCACCAAUCGGGCUCAGUACAAAAUGUAUAAAACGCUUCUUACAAUAAAUUAUUAUUAGUAGUUGAAUAUCCUUUUUUUCCUUUUCAUGAAAAUUAACUUAGUUACCAUAAAAUUUUUCUUCAGUAUGCAAGCAGUGGAUAAUUUAUUCAGAAAAAAUGAAAAAGAAGAAAAAAUACAGAGAUUAGAGAAAAGAAGGAAGAAACUAUCUGAAAUGUUACUGAAGGAAAAAAAAGAAUAUGAGGUACGUUGCAUAUCAAAUAAUGAUAAGUUAUUGUAAGGAAUUAAUUUUGUGCGUGCAACUUUAUGCUAGCAAAGACUGUAUGUUUGCUUCUAAAUGAUUAAAUCACAGCCUCAUGAAGAAAAAAUUGUGUCCCUAUAAUUUUAUAACAGCAUACAAAUAUUUAUUGACAAGUAACAGGAUAAACUUUUGAAAACUGACAGAAUGAAUAACUUUAAAAAACCCAAUUACAACUGUUUUAAUCUUCUUGAAUUUUGUCCAUCUGUGCUCAAUACUCAGCUGGGACCUUGGUCUUCCUUGACUUGUGUUGUUGUGUUCCUUUCAAUAUCAGGCCCCAGUUGUUUAAAAGCUGGAUAGUGCUAUCCAUUGGACAAAUGAUCACUAUCCAGUGGAUAAACAAUUGUGCUAUCCACUGGAUAGAGUUUUAUCUGGUCACAGUUGUUCAAAAGCUGGAUAGCGGUAUCCGAUGGAUAAAUCUCUACCUAAUGGAUAACGCAAUUGGUUUCCAAAUACUUAUCCACCGGGUAGUGAUUUAUCCUGUGGAUAGCGCUAUCCAGCUUUUGAACAACCGGGGCCUUGUGGAUGGUGUUAUCCACCUUUUGAACAACUGGGCACCUGUUGAAUGAGGAACAUUACUGUUCCCAGUUACUAAAAGAGACAGAGCCACUGUUAUUUAUCAUGUUCCUUCACUGUUUAAAGCAGCUGUUUUUACAGCUGUUUUAGGCCCUAUUCUAAUGGCUCAAUUGGGGCCUAACACUUAACUCUGUCUCCUAAACCCAUUUGCCCUGGGAAUUUUGCAGAAAAAUGUGUUUUGAAGUUACAUGUAGUUGAGCAGUUUUCUGGUCACUGUCUGGCUAAAAAGAGCUAAAACUUACUGCAAAGUCGUUUACAGGUCAUACUCUUCGCGGCGCUCUGAUCCAGCUGCAAAGUAUUAGCUUUGGAAGUUCGGGCAUGCACAGAAAGCAAAAUUUCGAGAUUUUGGGACACAGCAGUCUUGACUUUUUCUUUUCGCUUUCUCUAAUCCCCACUUCCUUUGCUUUUCUUGCCUCAUUUUUUUUUCUUUUGCUGGGCAUUUAGUAGGCUUGAUUUCAAUGGGAAAGAUUUUUUGCCUUUUUUCUUUGGCAUUCUUGUCUGAAUCAUGCUCAUUCUGGUGCGGCUUGAAAGAUCUCUUCACCUUGAACAAAUUAGGUAACAAAGUUGUCCUUCACUGUUAAAGAUGAUGACAUCACAAGCAGCAGAAGGGACAUGGAUCUAGGCACGGGUGAUUGUGGGCGGUUCAGGGGCGAAGCGGGUUAAAGAAAUUUUAGAGGUUCACUGUAGUACUUAUAAUGCAACAGCAGCAUAAUUAUACUAUCCAAUAUAAUGCAUAUUCUAAAUUUUUUGUGAUCUGAAGUUAGAACUUUACGUACAUUGUAGGCAGAGCUUAAGAACAAAAGAGUUGUUGGUGCUGGUACACCUAGGUUGUUACAAAUGAAAGACAGGUCAGUUUUUUAAUAUUUGUAAUAUUUGGUUUGGUUACAUGUACCUCACACUUUUCAGAAGUAAUUCGUAGCUGUCAGUAAGUUCUAAAGAAUGUUGUGAUGCAAAGGUCACACACUGGGUCAUCAGUUGUUAAAACUGUCACAUGCUAUUACCCUUGCUUAAUUAAGUUACCACUACUACAUGUACUACUAGGAUCUCAGGAUCAAAUAUAAAAAAUCCUUCCAAAGAAUUGUCUGCAUCAAGACAAUUAAUUCUAGUGAAUUUAUUUGUCAGUUACCAACCAUUCCAAUUUCAAAAGCAAUGCCCACUUUGACAAAGAUGACUGUAGAGUCAAAAGAAUUCCUCUCUUCUAUUAGAGAAGUACAUUGGUACAGUGUUUCGAUGAUAAUUGGCAUUUUCAAUUGUCACAAGCAACCAGACUGUGUUUGAUAAGAUAAAAGAGCUAAGUAGAUUGUUUACUCUUUGUUUUGUAGAGCUGAUGAACUGAAAGCAGAAAAAGAAGCCAGAAGGAAAGAGGUACUACUGCAGAUUGUUGUAUUGAUUCCUCUUCUCAAACACUAACACUGCUCUGAAACUUUGCAAUACCCCUUUUACUGGUCAUUACUAGAAAUAUACACUGUACUUUCAAUAACACAGGCAUCACUUUCAUUACCGUGAAAUAUGUUUAUUUGCAGAUUGCUGAGCAAAAAUUGUAUGAACAUUGGAAGCAAAAUGCUCCUGAACUCAGAGAGGUUAGUAAACAAGCCAUAAGUAGAGCAUCCGACUAGUGUAUGGAAGGUCAUGGGUUCAAUUCCCAUCCAGAACUCAGAAUUUUUUUCUGUGUUCUUCUCUCCACAAAUAUCAUUUCAUUUAUUAUUCAUAUAGUAAUGGUUAGAAUAAGAGUGUAGGCAAUAUUUUUGCCAUUCAAUAAUUUUAUUAAUUGCCUCUAGUUGAUUCUACAUGCAUGUCGGCACUCAGGGAAUGGCAUGACCUCAUCGUUGUUAGGGUGAUGGACUUGUUAAACCCGUGAGCAAGCCCAGUGUAUUAUUCUGGAAAAGGGGUUUAACCACAAGAGGUGAACCUAGUGAACUGCAAGGCUAAGCCAAAAAUACUCCUUCUCUCUCUUCAUGCUCAUUGUCCUAAACAAAAAAUUACCAGUGAAGAAAAGAUGUAGCAAAGACUAUGCAACAACAGAUGGGAAUGUGAAUGCAUUCGGAAAGGACUGAAUGAAAUUUUCAGUGAGCAAUUUGCUGCUCUGUCAUUGGUCUGUUUCAGAUCUGCCAGCAACUUUUUUGUUACAUGUAUUUGUUACCAGUAAAUCUGCCUAAUAGGUAACUGGUCCACCCCUUCCUCCCUUUUUGACUACUAUUAAGUUAGCACUUGUCACCUUCUGUUUAUGUUUUUAGUGUUAAGUCUCCCAUGUUAAAUCUUAGACUGCACUUGUACAGAAAUACAUAAUCUGUUUCAGGCUCUCAGAUAGUAGGGAGGCCGUGAAAACUAGCCAAGCGAAAAUAAGAAGACCAUUUUCUAAGGAAGGUGGGAGAUAGAGAGGGUAUACCAGGAGCUGGCAGUAUACCAGGAUAGCCAUUAAAAAAAAUACCGUAAAAUUCCGAAAAUAAGCCCCGGGGCUUAGAUUUUUCAAAGGCCAUUUUUGAGGGGCUUAUUUUUGGAGGGGCUUAUAUUCGGAGAGGCUUAUCUACGGAGGGCAAGUUGCAUUUCAAAAUCAAUUGGGCUAGUCUUAUAGUUGGAAAUAAAUUUACUGUUUUUGCUUUGUUUUCUUUGUAUUUGAGGGCAAUUUUCCAAGUACAAGCCCUGGGGGCGGGGGGCUUAGUAUUUGGAGGGGCAAUUUAACAGAAGGUGUUUUUGCGUUACUGGUUUGGGGGGCUUAUAUUUGGAGGAGCUUAUUUUCGGAAUUUUACAAUACAUGUUUGCAGGCUCCACCACCCCUCUCACCCAACCCCCAUGUGUUUUCGCAAAACAAUUUACUCUGACAAUACUUUACGGUCAAAAGGAGUUGUUUAUUUAAAAGUCUGUUGUUUGCCAUUUGAUUAACAGAUAGAAGCUGAUCAACUGAGGGAACAUGUCGUUAACAGCUGGGCUGAUCAAGUUUGUGACAGAGAGGAGGUAAAUUAGAGUAAUAAAACUUUAUAUUUUUCCAUCUGUUGGUUCUGUUCUGUUUUUUUUUUUUUUUUUUUUUUUUUUUUUUUGUUUUUUUUUUUUUAUUUUUUUUUUUUUUGUUUUUUAAAAAAUAUUUUUUUUUUUUUUUAUAUUAUUACAAUAAAUUAUAAAAUUUUUUUUUUUUUUUUUUAUAUAUUUUUUUUUUUUUUAUAUCCUAAAAUCACAAAUAAAUAGGGAAAGUGGGAAAGUUUAGUUUAAAAAAAUUUUAUUCAUAAUCGCUACUAGUCCCGGCCAUGCAGUAUUUUACUAUGGGAUUUGAUGAUUAAUUAUUUCUUUUAUUAUAGUUCUGAAAUACUUGAUUGUGGUUUGAUUUUAUCUGAUUAUAUUAAACUGUUGUUUUAGCUAUUAUCAGUUGUUUUUUUUUUUUUUUUUUUUUUUUUUUUUUUAUAGUUAUUUCCUUCAUAACAUUUUUGCCAUAGCAUUAAAAUAACUAGUUUAUAGCUUUUCAGAAUCACUACAUGAACUUAGAAAUGCUUUCUUUUUGUAUUUGAUCACUUGACUCCAUUGUAGAACCUGAAAUCAGCAAGAUAUGAGGACAGAAGGUACGUUUAAGCUAAACAAAUGUUAGUAUUCACAAGAGAUUGCAUCAUGGUAACAAUACAUUAUUUUGUACUAUGUUAUAAAUGCUUUUUGUUUCAAACUGCUAAAAAAAGUGCCACUUCAUUCUGAGCACUCCUUGCAGUAAAAACUGUAAUAAGUCAGUGAAAAAAAUAUCAAAUUUAAAUUUUGUUUAUAAAGAACAAAUUCAAUAACACCAAAGUGCUUUCACUGUAGUUCUCCAUAGUCUCAGCAUCAAAUGCUUGAGCUGCAUUUCAUGUCUGUAUAGUUCUUUGAACGCAGAAGUGGAGGUAUAACUCUCUAACUGUUUUCUGUGUUACUUGGCAGGAUGGAUGCUGCAAUGGAAAGAGACAGACUACUGGCUCUGGAAAGAGAACAGGCCAAACAAGAAGCAAAGAAGAGGUACCAAGAAGUGAUAUUCUAAAACCAAAUCAUUUUCCUUAUUAUUCAGGCUACGCACUGGAAAUAAUUCAGGGCCAGGAUAUGUGAAUUUCCCUAAAUUAUGUUUAGAGGUUGGAAUUAACCCUUUAAGCCCCAAGAUCCACAUGCAAAUUCUCCAAACUGACCUCCAUACAUUUCUUUUAAGAAUAGUUGAGAGAAUUUGGUUUAAGAUCAAAGCGUUCUCCCUUUGGUAAUCAAUUUAGUAAUUCUCAAAACCUUUACUCUUGAUGAUGUAUUGAUGUUGUUAGGAGAAUAUUGAUGUUGGUCACUCUUGGGACCUAAGCGGUUAAACAGAAGUCUAAUUCCUGAGACGUCCGAACAUUUUAAUGGUUUGUUUGAAAUGUCGUCAAGUCAACAGGCAACUGCCUCAAAGGAAACAACGCAGAAUAUUCUAAUGGCAACUGUUGAAUUCCUCUUGACAACACUGAAUAAAAGUUUGCACUCCUCUCCAGAAACCAACUAUUGAUAAAUUUCAAGUGUUUAAUAAUUGGUCUAAAAAUAACGUUUGUGAAAUUCACCUAUCCCAAGGGCUAGACUAGGCAUUUUGCUCUCUGUACCAUUAUUCUCUCUUGAUCCAGUGUUACGCUUUUUCUUACUGAACGCAGUGUUAUCACUAGAACCAUCUGGAAGAUUGAAAUGGUUCUCAAAUUUUUUUGCAUCUUCCAAAUUAAAUUUAACAUCUUGAAGGUGUUUGCAGAAAUGGCUGCAUAGUUUUCUGUCAACUUCAUCUACACUGUACAGUGCGGGGUGUUCAUUAGGCAUCGGAGAUCAGAGAAUUCCCAGUUUACCAUGAAAAAUUCUCCAUCUAACGUUCAGUAGCCUGUGACUAUUUUUUGUUCAGAUGAGGAGCCUCUUUCACCAUAUUCUCCCAUAACAUUACACCUUUCUCCUUCUACUAGAAUUCUUAAUGAAAACCCUGACAGCGUAUGUUCAUGCAUAGAGCACAGGAAUUAAACUUUGCUCUUCAUAUUUUGUCAGGGAACGUGAAAAACUUGCUGAGGAUCUGAAAGACCAAAUGGAAGAACUUAAGUUGAGAGAAGAGGAGGUAAGAACAGUCACUCACGCACACACACACUGUUCAGCUUUUCUUCUAAGUGGAAGUUUUAGUCUGGCUUGCAUGAGUGGUAUGUGUCGUGGAAUCUUGAGGACUAGCCUGCAUAACAGGCAUUUGUUAGGCAAGCGAAGGCAAGUGUGAAGUGAAUGAGGUGCACCCGCACCACAGGAUGGGGGAAGGCGUGUGUCUGGCAUGUCUGGUGCUCGUCGCUCACUUUGUGAAUGCCUUCCCUCUCCUGAAUAACGUGAAAAAAAAUCGCCUGUCAUGCAGGUUAGCUACAUGAUGACAGAUACAGCACAGGGCCUGAACCCUGUCCUUAAAAUCACGAAAAAGGCUUGCUAAACCACAGAAUAUUUCGCCUUUCAUGCAAUAGACACUUAAUAAACCUGUUGUUAUUCACUUUUAUCUGUUGGGUAUGAUUCCACUCAUGUACUUACUGUAAGUAUUGUUAACCAGAAUAUGCAGUAUGAUUGAUUUGUACCAGUUUAAUCUAGGAGAGGAUUUUGCCACAAUUACAGAAAUAUAGCAUGGAAUGAGAAAGAGAAUCCAGUACAGUGUAAAUCAAUGGGGCAAUAACUCAAAAAUGAUAAAAACAAUCUGACUUCUCUCUCUUUUCAAGUAUAGCUCGUACACGAAUGAGAAAAACAUACAUGUAUGGGCUGAAUGUUCCUUGAUCUUUUAGCAAAAUAUGUGAAACUAUUUACUCCAUGACUGAGUCAGCUUAUAUCGAAACGACUGGUUAAUUGAUACAGACACUCGCACAUUGUGAUCUUUCCCCACUAUUAAAAAGGUUCAAGUACGUUUAUAAAAGCAAAUCCUCACUACCUGAAGCUUGUAACAAAGCAACAGGAAAGAAAAUGAGGUAUCACAAAGUCCCUGUGAAUAAACAAACCGUUAACAUUAACAUUGCUUAUGUCUAACAUCAGUAACUCUUGUCAAGAGUAUCAGUCUUAUCAUAAUGUGUUUUUACAGGUUCUUAUGCUGAAACAGGAGCAGGAGGAUUUGAUCAAAGAACAAAGGAAACUUGAGCAAGCUGUGAGUACUUUUAAUUCUGUUCAUGGAUAAAGAAGUAAAAUGUUGAAAGAUCAAUGCAGAUUACUAGAGGACUAUCGGGUGGUCUUCAGUUUGUCUUAUGAAGAUUAAAACACAGUACAUAAAGUCAAGUACCCCAGUGCAGCUCAUCAUCUUAUGCUCGUUCACAGCUGCAUUAGCUAAAAUAGCAAGUGUAGACUUGUGCUCAUUAGAGAUACAGCGUGCAUGUAGCGUUUAUAUUUUUUAUUUGGUCUGAUUUAGGAAGAAGACAGGAGAUUGUUAGAGGAAGCAAGGAGAAAGCGGGAAUUUGGGUAAGGUUUCUUAUCGUAGUCAUUAAUGUUGUCAUGUCAAAGAACAUUUUUAAAGAUCGUACAUUUUGGCUGUUUGUUCUCAAGUUGUUGUAAGGAGAUGAAUGUUUACUGAACUAUUUUGCAGCCGGGUCUUAAUCCGUCAACACAAAGCUCAGAUGAAAAGAAAGAGCAGAGAGAUACAGGAGGCACUGGUGAGUGAUAACGAUUGUGAGAUGAUAAAUAUUAAAGCACCCCCUUAAACUAAAGACAUGUACAUACGUUUAAAGUGAAAAGGUUUUUAUCACAUGGGGAGGGGGAGAGGGAGGGGUGCGGUUUCCUAAAACUGUAGAGCCACUGUAGAGAGUACACGUUCCUUCACGUACUAAAAUGCAAAUUAUAACAGUGGAAGAACUUGAAAACGUUGCCUUAACUUUCCCAGAACCAUCAGGAUUUUUUUUGUGCGAGCCCUGAAGUUGGCAGUGUGUGAGCUUUAUCUUUUUUUCCCGAUUUUUUGCGCUUGCUAGAAUGAACGCCAGCUCAAGGAUAGUUAUUAGCAAGUCACCUUUAGUUUAUUUCAUUUUACAGAUUAAAAAAAAAGUCAUCAAGGGUUUAAGUUCAUUUUACUGUGGAACCUCCAUUUAAUGAAGGCCCCGAGGACUAGCCAAAUAAGUUCGCUAUAACAAGGUUUCGUUAUAAUAUACCGAGGUUCUUUUCAUAACUGGGGCGAAGAAUAUCGUUCGUUCUACCGAGGACAUCGUUUUAUAUAAGUUCGUUAUAUCUAGGUUCCACUGUAAAACAUACCUUGAGCUGUGUUUGAACUAUAAUCCAGUUCAAAUCUUGUGAAUGUUAAACAUUUUAACACUGAAAAAUUCCCUUUCUUUCAUGUAGGAACUUGACUUGAAGAUUUUAGAAGGGCUGGCUAAGCAGGUAACCGGAAUUUCUAAUAAUAGUUUUAAAUCGUUGGAGUCUAUACAGACAGUGUCGUACGUGUCGUCCGAAGCCAUUUGUUUUCUUUUAUUAUUUUUCGUUAACAGGAGGAUAAAGACAAAGCACUACAGACAUCACGUCGUGAAAAGGCCAGAGCUGAUGCAGAGUAUAUGAGACAGGUAUUAAAUUACGUUGGAAAUCAAUCAGUCUUCGUCACUCAGUCUUCAAUCUUUGGCCUGGUUUCUGAUUGGUUCUUUGGUUUCUCUUGUUUUGAUUGGCUAGAGUUUUAGUAUUGUUUCACGUAACUAAGCGGAUAAAACCGGUUUUUAUUUCACAGGUUGUUGCUGACCAGUUGAAGUUGGAACAACAACGAGAAGCAGAGUUGGACAUGCUCUACAGGUACAGCUUACAUGAACAUCAUUUAACUAACCUCGCUGGACAUCAGAAUCAAAACAAGAAACUGUUUUUUUUUUCAAAUUGUUUUGCAUGAAGGGCGAAAUUAACUUUGCUUUCUUCGAACGCAACAAGCGAAACUGUUAUACCACACAGUAACUUAAGAAGUGACAAUUAUAAGUUAAGUUUCUGGUAAGAGAACUAUUAAAAAAGACCUCGAACUACUGGAGGGAGAACAAUAAUACUUUGAAAACUCUUUACAGUUAACUCUCGCCUUGCGGACACUCCACUAAUACGGACAGCUGCUAAAUCCUCGGCAAAAAUUAUAGACAUUUGACCGAAACAGACUCCCGCUAGUACGAACUCUCGACAUUAUGGACUUACGGAGACCUAUGACCUUUCUCGGUCCCGACUGCACAAGUUUAUUGUUCUAACUCUCGUUAUAACGGACAUCAAUCUGAACCUUUAAACAUUUUGGCAGAAUUAUUUCAAAUUAUGAUGUAUUAUAUCUUUUUUAACUUCGCCUGUGUCACUUUGGUUUCAUUUGUGCUUCUUCUUGGCGACAUUACUGGGGAGUUCUUCUUUUUUUUAUUCUUAUCAAGGACAAUAUAUGUUGCGGUUACGCUGCUACGAAUGAGGUGGUCUAGUUAUCCCAGAUGCUUGUUUUCGCCGUAAAUUUUGUAAAUAACUGAAAUUCCUAGUCCUAAUCCAGCUCCGAUACUCUUUUUAACAAAUUUCAAAGCAUUGCUGCCUUUUUGAUUUAAGAAAGGGCAUUCCAACGUUGUUUUAGUCGUUUGUGACUAUUGCGGUGACCGAAAGGGAGAUGCAGUCUGUACUGUUACGUUUUUUGUUUGUUUGUAAGUAACGUUCUGAAGCUCUUAACAAGCGAAAACUGCACUGCAAUUGGUUGUGGAGACAGUAUGAAAGAGCUUGUCUUGUAACAAUCAGUUGUAAGUUGGAGACUUCAAGUUUGCUGUCUUUUUUCUUUGAUUUUCAGAGACGAAGCGGCGCGAAUGUGGACCAAGAGAGAGGCAGAGUGGGAAAGAGAAAGACUGGCCAGAGAAAGGCUUAUGGCUGAGGUACAGAAGUUAUGUGUACAACGUACGGGAGCGGCACGUACUGUUAUGUCGGACGGCCGGAAGGCGGCCGAUUGUAGGGGCCGAUCACCAAUACAGCGCCUUUCCGGACUCGUCCUCAGUCGACUCUAUUUGGAUCGCGCGCGGAGGACAAAACCCAAGAAGCAUUUUCAAAGGAGGAAAACAAAAGUGAUCUACCAGUCGUUGCCCCUCUUUUCUCCUUCCUUUCACCCCUCACGCUCCCACCAUCAAAUAGGAGUAUGAGAGACGACUGGGGACGAAUCAGCCGCCUAUCUGUAACUUGUUUAUUUUCUCGUUUAUCCUUUGAUUUUGGGUUGUACUCGCGAAGAAGAUUUAAGCUUACAACUCAGCCGUAUUUUUUUUUUUUUUCAGAUUUUUUUUUCAGACUCAUUAGACAUUAAUUUCUUUUGCACUGUCGCAUGAAAUGUUUGACUUUCUUAGGAAAAUUUUGACAUUAUAGCAGACGCUUUUAUAGCCUGCGAAUACAGCCGUCUCCCCUCGUCCUUAGUGGCUGUAUUCGCAGGCUAACGCUUUCACGAAGCAGCGCGAAGUCAUCAAAAACCACACCUAUCUUUUGUCAUUCGUCGUUGAUUAUACCGUCGUAUUAGAAUAAAAUUAUGCCAUUAUUGUGCCAUCAGGUUCUUGAAGUGCGUAGGAACCAACUGGAUGAAAAAAUGGAGGAAAAUAAGCGAAGACAGCAGGAGUCUAUUAAGAGUCGAGAAGAGCUUCUCAGAGAACUGGAGGAAGUUCAGCGAAUGACAGCGAGAGAAAAAGCCGAGGAAGUCAGGCAACGGAAAGAAAGAGAGGAAGAGAUUCAAGAGCAGGCAAGAUCACAAUAUUAUUAACAUUUCUUCAGGCUAUUUCACAAGGAAAGAUCUAAAAUAAGCUUUUCUUACAUAGGCGGCUCCGUUAUUGUACUAUUUCUUUCUCUGCGUUUUCGAGGUCCACUUGAAAGGACAUUUUUGUGAAGUAGGGAUGUGUUUAUAUGGCCAAAAAGUAAUUUCCAGAUCGUUCCCGCUCUGGCAUAGCAAAUCCCAGUGCAAAAUUUGCUUUAUUUAGCCCUCGCGCCCCUCCCGUUCCAUAACAUAGUGAAAGUUCUCGUAAACUCACACCUUCCGGAAGCCAAAAAAUUGUCCCAAAGUCGCCCGCAAGUCAGCCGCUCAGUGGAAUUAAUUGGUAAUUUAUCUAUUAACAGAUAACUUCACGCAGAGAAAAGGCGAAAGAAGCACAACAAAUUGAAAAAGAAGAGCAAGAAAGAGAGAGGUAGGUACCGUCACUGUAGGUAAUGUCGUCUUAUGCAGAAAGUAUAAGUGGCGGAUCCAGGGGAGCCCCCCACCUUCUCGCCUCUAUUUUUAGACCAAACUGAGACCGUCCCCCUUAUUUCAGGGUCUGUAUAACCGGACCCCCCUCCCCCUCGUAUUGCUCAAAACAGAAAGUGCAACUUCGUUCCCAGGGUUCUCUCCUACCCGCUCCGUAGGGCGGGUAGGAGAGAACCCUGGGAACGAGGUUGCAGAAAGUGGUCCAUAAUACAGGUGUAAUCUGACGCUGAUCACUUGUGCGAGUUCAGGGAAAAUUUUGGCGUCGAAACCGCCAGCGCGAGCCAGCAAAGGUGGCAAGAAUUUAAAUGGAACAAAGAAAACGCUAAACGACCUUUCCUCGACCAAUUUUUCUCGCCGGCUUACACUGGCGGCUCCACCGCCAAAAUUCCCCCCGAACUUUCUACCGUACACGCAGCCUCUUACGGUUUUCAGGGUGACAUUUUAAUUUGUCGUCAUCGUCGUCGACUGCGAGCAGUCUCUUUUUAUUUCUUCAAAUUUAGUGAGGAAAGAGCACGCGCGCGCACAUGUGUGGUCAAUUUCGUGCCUCGCGUGUUUCGCUCGACGUCGUCUCUGAAACCACUUAAAUUUCUUUUCAGACGAGAAAAAGAAGCCUAUAAUCAGAUGCUGAGACAAGAGGCGGAUCACAUGAGAGCUAGAGGACCUCAAGCGAGGGUAGGGACCUUUUCCACACUUCUAUGACUUAUUUUCCACGGGAUAUGAUCGAAUGGGCAAUAACUAAAAAACAGAGGGUGGCUGUGGAUUGGGGAAUAAAGCAGCAUAUACCGUUUACUGCCCACUUAUAAGCCCCCCUCCCCACCCUGUUAUAGGCCCAUCCACCUGUAAGCCAAAGUACAUCCGAUUUUAUGCCCCUUAGGAUAUAAGCAAAUGCACUGAAAUGGCUUCGAUUUGUUAUGACGUUUUGAAGCUCAAUUAAAACCAGUAAGUGCAAAACGUAUUUUUAUGAUCACUGCUAAAGCUUGUUUCGAGUCGCUUUUUCUAUUGUGGUUAUAAGCCUGCUCAGAUACAAGCCACUCCGUUUAUAAGCCUUCCUAAAACCCAAUAUGAAGAUGUUUAAGCCCAUGUCUUAAGCGCCGCCAGGUUGCAGUAUUCGCUGUCAGAGACAAUCCACACCACCAGUAGCUUGCGACUGGGUGGAUUCCAGUGCCAUCCAAGGUCGACUGAA